AGACAACCAAUUUUCAGACAACCAGUUUUCUCCACGUAACGUAAGCGAUCAGUUUAUAAAAAGAAAACACAAUUUAUUUAAUUUAGAAAUGAUUUACUAGCUGUCUAUUUCGGUCGUAGUAGAGCAUUAUAAUAUUAUAACAUUUAAAGUUUAAAUUUGUUCAGGAUGAAGACCUUGCGCUGUCUUCUAUUGGCAUUUCUCGCUAUCCACGGCAGUUUUGCCGUUGAUAGGAACAACUUUAAGACUUGCGCCCAGUCAGGAUUUUGCAAGCGUUUGAGGGAACAAAAACCUGAGAAAUCCCAGUAUGCGUUGGAUCUAACGUCUGUGAUGGUUCAAGGCAACACUCUAUUCGCCAAUGUGGAGACAAUUGACAGGGAAUCUGAAAAGCGAACUGUUUUGCACAAGUAUGUCCUCAAACUGUCAGCAAUCCAAGAUGGCACUUUCCGAGUGGAGAUGGACGAGGCGGAACCUCUGUAUCCACGUUAUGUGCCCCAGCUGGCUUUGAAGGACACCCCUGUCCCUGAUAAAUUAAACCUUGUCUCCAAAGACGACAACAGAGUAAUCGCAACCAACUCACAAGGGCACAAAGUGGUGAUCACCGCUGACCCACUAAAGGUUGAGUUUUAUGACAAGAGCGGUGAUGUAGCCUUGGUGAUGAACGAGAACUCUCAGUUGAUCAUCGAACCGUUAAGAAAGAAGAGGGAAGCGGUCGAUGAUGAGAGCGGGAAUGUUGUUGAAGUGGAUGAAGAAGGCACUUGGGGGGAGAACUUCAAGUCUCAUCAUGACAGCAAGCCACGAGGAAACGAGGCCAUAUCGAUGGAUUUCUCGUUUCCUGAUGCAGAACAGGCUUAUGGUAUACCGGAGCACACGGACAAGGUGAACUUGGCCACCACUACAUCGGGGGAGCCCUACCGCCUCUUUAAUUUGGACGUGUUCGAGUUUGAGCUGGACAGCCGUAUGGCUUUGUACGCUGGCAUUCCCGUUUUGUACGCUCAUGGAACGAAACGCACGGUCGGCGUUUUUUGGCACAACGCCGCCGAAACCUGGGUGGAUGUUGUCAACUACGCAGACAGCAACGUUGUCUCGUCCCUCGUCAACUUGGUGACCGGCGGUCAGAAACAGAGAGUGGACGCGCGUUUCAUGAGCGAAUCCGGUGUAUUGGACGUGUUCGUGUUGCUGGGAGACAAACCUAAAGACGUGUUCAGGCAGUACACCGCUCUCACUGGAGUCGCGCCCUUACCGCCUAAAUUCUCCUUGGCCUACCACCAGUCCCGAUGGAACUACGUGGACGAAGCCGAUGUGGCGUCUGUGAACGAAGGUUUCGACACCCACGACAUACCCGCCGAUUCCAUCUGGCUUGACAUCGAGUAUACUAACACUAAAAAGUACUUCACAUGGGAUUUAGAGAAAUUCCCACAUCCAAGCGAAAUGGUCUCCAACCUCACCGCCAAAGGUCGUAAGCUGAUCGUGAUCAUAGACCCUCAUAUAAAACGCGAGGCCGGCUACUUUCUACACGAAGAGGCCACGGAGAGAGGGUACUAUGUCAAGAAUAAAGAUGGAAAAGAUUAUGACGGUUGGUGCUGGCCCGGUUCAAGUUCCUAUUUGGACUUUUUGAACCCGCUCGUGAGUCAGUACCUCUCGGAACAGUACCGCUACGACAAAUUCGUCGGCACCAGCAAAGACGUGCACAUUUGGAACGACAUGAACGAGCCAAGCGUAUUCAACGGCCCGGAGAUAACAAUGCCAAAAGAUAACCGCCAUUACAAAGAAUCCGAGAGCGGCUCGGAAGGGCCUGCCGCUUAUUGGGAGCACAGACACAUCCAUAAUGAAUAUGGUCUAUAUUACAUCAGAGCUACUCAUCAAGGCAUGUUGGACAGAGACAACGGGAAAUAUAGACCGUUUGUGCUGACCAGAGCGGGUUUCGCUGGCUCUCAGAGAUACGCGGCAAUAUGGACCGGCGACAACAUGGCCGAAUGGGGAUUCCUUUCCGCUUCCGUGUCGAUGUGCUUGUCUAUGGCGAUCGCUGGGAUGAGUUUCUGCGGCUCGGACGUCGGCGGAUUCUUCAAGUACCCCGAGAGCGAGCUGAUGACCAGGUGGUACCAGGCCGGUGCAUAUCAAUCAUUCUUCCGCGCUCACUCUCACAUUGAAACGAAACGCCGCGAGCCGUGGCUGUAUGACGCUGAUACUUUAGCUCUGAUCCGAGACGCCAAUAGACGAAGAUACGCACUGCUGGACUUCUGGUACACACUAUUUUUCGAGCAUUCCCGCGACGGCCUUCCCGUAAUGCGGCCAUUGUUCCAGGAAUAUCCAGAUGAAACUGCAGUUUUCACCAUUGACAACGAGUAUUUGCUUGGUGACAAACUACUAGUCCGGCCGGUGCUAGAGCAAGGAGUGAGCUCGGUGAAAGUGUACCUGCCCGGGUCUCGAACCCGCACUCUCUGGUACGACGUGGACACGUACCAAGCUCACCAAGCCAACGGGUAUAUCAAUCAGGAGACACCUAUGUCUAAGAUCCCGGUGUACCAGCGCGGCGGCACCGUGCUCCCGCGCAAGGAGCGCGUGCGGCGCGCCUCCGCGCUCAUGGCCGCCGACCCCUACACGCUCGUCGUGGCCCUGGACGCCAACAACACCGCCUCUGGCACGCUGUACAUUGACGACGGUGAAACGUACGAGUACAGGAACAACAAAUAUAUAUACGCCAAAUUGGAGUACUCCCCGGAGAUUAUGAGUUACACUUUCAUCAAUGAGAACGCGUCGUACGCCACGCGCUCGUGGGUGGAGAGGAUCGUGAUAGCCGGCAUCAAGGCGCCGCCGAAGACAGCCAAACUCACACAGGGCGACAAGCAGACUUCGCUGCUCAUGACGCUGCACAAAGGUAACGACGUGCUUGUGAUCAGAAAACCAGGUGCGAGCAUGGCUAAGCCGUGGAAGAUCAACUUUAGCUAUUAAUUUUAAUUAGUGAAUGACCUCAUCUUUACCUUAAAACUUAUUGAAAAUUUGUCUUUUAAAUGUAUGUGUAAAAUGGUGAGGGGUCACCAUUAACGACUUUUUAAAGACAUUUUAGAUAUACAGGGUGAUUUUCAAUUAAUUGGAAUCCUUUUAACAUGUGAAUUAAUAUAUCAAAACGAGCAAAUGUUACUUUGGGAUGAACGUUGAAAUCGCAAAAAAAGUACAGAGAACCGAAACUUAUCUAUACUAAUAUUAUAAAGCUGAAGAGUUUGUUUGUUUGUUUGAACGCGCUAAUCUCUGGAACUACUGGUUCGAAUUGAAAAAAUAUUUUUGUGUUGAAUAGACCAUUUAUCGAGGAAAGGUUUAGUCUAUAUAACAUCACGCUGCAACUUUUAGGAGCGAAGAAAUAAUGGAUAAUGUGAAAAAAAGGGGGAAAAUUAUUCAUCCUUGAGUACUUCAAUGAUGCCCAAAAUAACUAUUCCACGCGGACGAAGUCGCGGGCACAGCUAGUGAAAAAUAUUUUAGUUUCGUGGUCGGUCGCGUAGUAAAAGUUGUUCAGUUUGAUGUACUUAUUCACCUAUAUAAAGGAUUCCAGUUAAUUAAAUAUCACCCUGUAUUCUAGAUUUACAGAUGAGAGCAAAAUCUAUGGAAAAAAAACAUCCUCACUUUUAUACGUUAUUUUGUUCAAAAAUGUAUUGCAAUAAAGCACAUUAUUGAGAAUUAUGUGCUUUAUUGUAUUAUAUAUUAAGAUAUAUUUUUGAACGGACAGACUGAUUUGUAUGUUUCGUACAUUUUCAUUAGGAUUUAUGUGUGAGUCUAUAAAUAUCUGUGGUGACCUCUCAUACCUUAAACUCAUCAAACACAAUUUUUUUUACAUUAUAUCAUGCCAUCAGUUAUUUUAACAACUCAUAUAAGGUACAGUCAGUCUAAUUUCAAUAGUUUAUCAUAAUUUUAAAGGAAUAAUUAAGUAUAAAUUCAAUAAGGUAUUCGAUAACUGGCUGGGUAUUUUGUGAUAUGACAUUGGUGACAUUUUUUUAUACUGUGUAUAACUAUUUUCUUAACGCGGUUUCACCCGCUUUGCUUACCCUGAGAAAUAACACCCCCAUACGCAAGUUUACAUACACGUCAUUUGAAACAAACAGCGUAUUUCUAACACAUUGUUUUUUAUUAACAUUUUUUUCAACUGCACAUUUGUUUAUUCUAAGUUUUAAACUUUUUUACCCCUCAUUUAAAAGGGUUUCUGAAUCUGGUGGGGGUAAUGGGGGGAUAAUAAUUAUGCAUUAAAAGUAACAUUAAGUCAAAACAUCGCUACCGUAAUAUAUACACUCUGUAUUAGAAAGUUAAUUGAAAUUAAUCAGUAUAUUAUGUUAUCCAGUGUAGAGUAUUAUAGAUACUCUUAGUGAUAAGGCUUUGUCCAACCAGUCAGUCGCAAUUUAGGGUAAAAUAGUCAAGGUCUAUGUAUCGCAUAAGUUUAAGUAUUAUCACUUUUGAUAUAGCAAAACACAUGGCGUAAGUCUUCAUACACUUACUAACGAUUAUAUUAAUUUUCUGAUUUUAACCACUAGAGGGCUUAAUUCAUAAAUAAUAGUGAAUGUAACUUAAAAUGCGUGUGCCAAUAAUUUUACAUACAUAUAUAUCUAAUCAUGUCUAUAUCCCUUGCGGGGUAGACAGAGCCAACAGUCCCGAAAGGACUGAAAGGCAAUGAUGUGAACUACAAGGUUCUAGGUUCGAUCCCCGGCCAAGUCAUGUCGAAAAUAUUGUUUAACUGGUCUGGGUCUUGGUUUAGUAUGAAAUUUUGUAUAUUUGGGUCAGCUUAAUUUGCCAUUUAGAAGAAAUGUGAGACUUAAUAAAAAAGAAUAACUGUAUAAAAAGAAUUAACUUUUUUUUGAGAAAAAUAAUCACAGCCACUAAUUAUUUGUUCGUUAGAAAUAUGAAGACUUUGAAUUAUAGUAAAAAUGUAAUAACGGGUGAUAAGUCAUUUUUAAUAUUGCAAUGUAUGUAAUGUAUUUGAAUUAUUCCUCUUUUUCUAAUGUUUCUUUAAAAUGGAUGAGGGGCAUACAAAUUAUGAUGUUCUUUGCAUUUUCCAUACUUAUUUAUGUAAUUUACCUAUCUCUGACGUGGUAGACAGAGCCAGUUCCUAUAAUUUAUACCUAUAGUCUGGCCCCGAAAAUGAAAUACUCCGCGUUUCAAAUCUAACUUCCUUUUUUCUGCUGGGGUGUUGCCAUUACUGAGUCAAAAUUUGAAAACUUUACAGGGUUGUUAUAGAAAAAUUACCUCGCAAUUUUACCGCAUUAUAUUAAUGUUUACCAUGAAAUAACUAUGAUUGUAUACCGUCCAAUUUCGUAACUUCGUGUCUCUUCAAACCAUGACAUUGGCAGAAUCACUGAAAGUCCGGUGGAAGCCAUAAUAUAGAAAAGAAAGAAAGAAAACUAUGUUUUUUGACAAUCACGGCUACAAUUUGUUUAAGACCUUUUAAUGUUUUAAUUUACAAUAUUUUGUCCUGUUGCCCGCUAAAUGGCUACACCGGCAUAGUUGCUGUAAGUUUAAUGUGCAAAUGCUGCCCUUAAAUCGAGGAUGUUCUAGGUCAGAGUUUAGUUAAAAAUUUGAUUAAAAUAACUAUUUACAAUAAAUGCAAAACACUGUUUACUAUUUUUUAAGUAAGUAAAGGCUAAUUUCACUGACAACCUAAGACUUUGUCUAUCCCAUCAGGGAUGAAGGUAAAAUUAUAUUGUAAAUUUAGCAGUUUUACAAAUGCACUUGGAACAUAAUUAUAUUCUUUUUUUUAAUACCUGUCGGUAAGAAAUGGUUUGUUUUCGUGUUUAGUGAUAAUAAAACAAAUUCAGAUA